AUGUGGCUGAACCCGGAGGAAGUUCUUGUGAAAAACGCGCUGAAACUGUGGGUGACGGAGAGGAGUAACGACUUUUUCCUGCUCCAGAGGAGGAGAGGCCACGGAGAGCCGACCGGCAGGAUCACAGGUCUCCUUGUGGGGGCACUGGACACUGUGCUGGACUCUAAUGCAAGAAUCACACCAUUUCGCAUCCUCCUCCAGGUUCCAGGUUCACAGAUAAGCUGGGUCAUUGCCAGCGGAGCCACCGUAGAGGAAGUGAACAAGCACUGGGAGUGGCUGGUCCAUAAUGUCUUCCACUCACUGUCUGUGUUUGAGAACAAAGAAGAUGCUGCCAGUUUUGUCAAAGGCAAAGUCAAGGGUCUAAUAGCAGAGGAGGCCUGGGGUCGUCAGGCCGCCCAGGAGGAGGAACCAGAAAAGUUCAGGGAGGCACUUCUAAAGUUCGAACUGCAUUUUGGGCUUCCAUCAUCAGAGAAACUGGUGACACACUACUCCUGCUGCUGCUGGAAGGGUCGAGUGCCACGCCAAGGUUUCCUCUUCCUCAGUAUCAACCAUGUGGCCUUCUACUCCUUCCUGCUGGGAAAGGAAGUUAAGUUUAUGAUCCCCUGGGUGGAGUUAACACGAUUGGAGAAGGUCUCCACCAGCUUGAAGACAGAGGCAAUCCGUGUCAGCACACGGCAGCGGCAGAGGGACUUCUCUAUGUUCCUUAACAUUGACGAGACCUUUGGGGUCAUAGCUCAGCUGGCUGAUGUUGCUCUUAGACGACUGCUGGACAGUGACAGCCUGGAACUGGACCAGGUUCUGCGGCAGCCAGCUCACAUCACCAAGAGGAUUCUGGAAGAGCAGGCAUUGAGGGAGUACAUCAUGGCUUUAUUUCGGCUUCCUCGUGGAGAAAGACUUUAUGAGGUUGCUUCAUGUUCAGUGUGGACACCCCACUCCCGCUGCCAUACAGCUGGAAUGCUGUAUACCACUGACAACUAUCUGUGUUUCUCCAGCCGGGACGAGAGCCACUGUAUUCUGCUUAUACCACUAUCGGAGGUGUUGUCCAUCGAAAAAGCAGAGAGUACCAACCUACUCCCAAACCCGGUCAUCGUGAGUGUUCGGAGCAAGAAAGCCUUCCAGUUUAUUGAGCUGCAGGACAGAGAUGAGCUGGUUGACUGCCUAAACUCCAGACUCAGAGCUCUGCACUGGAAACACUCAAUGUUUUCCAAGAAGACACAAAAAAGGAGGAACAUGAGCUCACCAAAACCGUACUACACUUUUUACUAUGACACUGUGAAUUCUGAUGAAGAUGAGAUAGAGGACCAAGUUCUCCGUAACACUGUUAACAGUGAGGCACUGAUGACGGCUUUCCAUCUCAACCAACAUGGAACCAAUGGCAACAAGCAUAUGGAGAAGGUAAAGGAGAAACUGUGGGAAGAUCAUUUCUUGGAGUUUGGCCGUGGCGUCCACAUGUUUCGCACUGAGAAAAUCCAAAGGCUGAUUGCCAUGGGAAUUCCAGACUCUCUACGUGGCGAGCUGUGGAUGACACUUUCCGAUGGAUCAUCUGAGCUUACAUUCCAUGAGGGAUACUACACCAGCCUGGUGCAGAAGUCCAUGGGUCAGAGCAACCUGGCCACUGAGGAGAUUGAAAGGGAUCUGCAUCGCUCCCUGCCAGACCAUCCUGCAUUCCAGAACCCCACUGGUAUUGCUGCGCUCAGACGUGUCCUCACCGCAUAUGCUCACCGCAACCCGAAGAUUGGAUACUGUCAGUCGAUGAACAUCCUGGCAUCUGUGCUGCUGCUUUACGCUAAAGAAGAAGAGGCUUUCUGGCUGCUGGUGGCUGUUUGUGAGAGAAUGCUGCCUGACUACUUCAACCACAGAGUUAUAGGGGCCCAGGUGGACCAGUCGGUGUUUGAGGAGCUGAUUAGCGAGCGUUUACCUGGGCUGACAGAACACUUCGUGGACCUCUCGGCCCUCUCCUCUAUCUCCCUCUCUUGGUUCCUCACCCUCUUUCUCAGUGUGUUGCCCUUCCACAGCGCCGUCUGUGUCGUUGACUGCUUCUUCUUCAGUGGAAUCAAGGUCAUCUUCCAGCUUGGGCUGGCCGUGCUGGACGCCAACGCUGCACAGCUCUGCACCUGCACAGAUGACGGACAGGCACUCAUGAUUCUAACAAGUUUUCUAGACCAGGUUGGCAGUGAGGAGUUGUCUUUUCCACCUUCCUCCAUGUCUCCUGCAGAGAUGACCAGCAGUACUGAGCCUCCUGCUGUGGGACACACAAACAUCAGUGACCUCAUCAACAAGUCCUAUGUGAAAUUCAGAGACCUGUCAGUGCGACAGAUUGAGAGUCUGCGGCGUCGACACCGGAUCCAGGUGCUGCAGGCCCAUGAAGACACAACCAAAGAAAACGCUUUGAGAGUUGUGACUCCGGAUGUUUCGCUCUCUCCAGAGGACUUGUCUGAUGUCUAUGACCUGUUCAAGACGGAACAUUACAUCAGUCUGUAUUGGGGCGACCGGAGCACAGCUGCAGCAGCAGAGGCAGCAGCAUGGCGGUCUGCUGACCCUGGGUGUUCCCGUGUGGAGCGGCAGUACCAGCUGGACCGGCCCCAGUUCAAGAGCCUGUAUGCGCUGCUCUCGCUGUGGCCCUGUGAAUCAGACCAGCAUGCUGAUACACUGGCCAACCGCACCUUCACCCUGUUGGACCAGCACUGCAACAACCUGGUUACCUUCAAGGAACUUGUUGGCUGGUUGGACCAUUUGUACAGUGAGGAGCUGAAUGAGAAAAUAAAGCUGCUCUACCGUCUGCAUAUACCUCCAGCUCUGACAGAAAGUGAGGAUGACUCUUCUCUGAUGAAGAGUCCCCUGCUGUCCACCAACAGACCGCUCUAUGUGGAUCUGCCUUCCUGUGUUGAAGAUGAAGAGAAAAAUUACCAGGUGCAGCUGAAGAAGAUGUUGGAGGAUCUGGUCAAAGAAAAGGAGAAAGACGUGGAGAAACACCUGCCACCCAUGAACCAGCGGGAGUUCAUCCAGUUUUGCAAGACGUUGUACAGCAUGUUCCAUAAUGACCCAGAGGAGAAUGAGCUCUUCCAGGCCAUUGCCACAGUAACCAGCCUUGUGCUACAGAUUGGUGAGGUUGGCCAUCGUGGGCCGGGGUCUGAGGGCCUGGCAGAGAACACGGAGGCCAGCAGAGACGGCAGCACAGUGGAGGAGGAUGAGUGGAAGGUGACCUACGCGCAGAUCCUCGCCUCUCUACUGACUGAACCGACGCUGGUGAACUUCUUCGAGAAGCCUGUGGAUCUUUCAGCCAAAAUCGCAGAGGCCACACAGAAGCAGUAUCACCAGCGUGCAGGUCUGCUCACGCUGCAGCAGUAAACCAACUGAUCCACACGUCAAUGUGAAGUCUCAACCACAAAACCUGCCUCAUAACGCCUGCAAGCAUUAUGAGGAAAAUCUCUGCGUGGUCACUUGACAGAAUAGGACAGCAGCUCACCAAGACACGAAUGCAGGAUUAAGAUUCAUCGGUGUGAACAUAUAAAUUCAGUCAAACUGUCAGGUCAAACAUCUUCACCUGCUGCCCCGUCAUUCCUGACCUACAGCAUGUGACAUAAAGUCGCACUUUAUUCAGACUCCAAUCAAAAUUCCAACAGGAGACAUUUUUUCCUUUUUUAUGCAAAAUCCAAAAUCUGGUAGGACCAGGAUAGUUAGUCUUCUAUUCCUACCAAUCAGAUUGUAAGCAAAAUUGAAAUUGUGGUAAAAGGCAGUGUGGCGCUCUGACUGAGGGUUCUCAGUGCACUGGUGCAUUGCGUUCACCAUCAGCAAACACACCGCAUCCUAAUGUCUGUUUCCUCUUGGUGCUUUUGUUUGAUGAAACUGUCGUAGCAGAACUGAACCAAAUUAUUGCCUGAGCUGUCAUGUGGAUUUGAACAUCUGAAGGGAACAUUUUCCACAUAUUUUACUUUGUUAUAGACUCAUUCAGAAGUUCUCUGCAGAGAAUGGAAGAAGGAAGAAUAGUUCACUCUGACUGGCCCUUAGUCAGAAUAUGAAU